GCCACAUGCAAAUCACUGCCCACAAUUUCCCUAGCUCCUCCUGCAGUUAGCUGGGCUAGUGUGAUUGGAUUCUUCCCUGCAUUUUCAAGUACCAGCUCCUCCCCACUGUAGAAGCGGAAGAUUUCGAAACAAGUUUAGUCCAGCACAGUCAGAAGUUUGAAGGAAGAUGGCAAGAAGAAACUUUCUACGACACUGUAAGCAGACUCUUAAUGACUGCACUCGGCUUUUGUUAUCGGAUAACACUGGACACGACGACCUUCAGUCCACGUUGACAAGGAUGGAAACAAUGCAGCGAAGCCUAGAGUGGGCAAGGGGUACGCUCUUGAAUGAUGCUUCAGCAGACGGUCUAAUAGCUGAAGUAUCCGAGUUCAUCCAGGAGAUUCGCACCUAUGGCCGGCAUGCACAACCAGCCAGUUCCGGUUAACAGGCUCCAUUGACUUGGACUGGAGCAAUGGGGGCUCCUCAUUAUCAAAUCACCGGAGAGCAACUGAGGUUUCUCAUGUCCUGUGCUUUCAGCCUCUCUCAGAUGGCCGAGAUCCUCCAUGUGUCCCGUUCCACAGUCAAACGGCGCCUACGACGCUUGAAUCUUUCACAGGCGGGGCGUUUUUCAGACUUGUCAGACACUGCUCUGGACGAUAAUGUCAAGGAUCUGGUGGCUGGGAACGACAGACUUGGACCGGAGUCCGUCCGAGCACAACUGAGGGCAGAGGGAAUCCGGGUGCAGAGACGCAGAGUGAGGGAUAGCAUGCUUCGCGUUAACCCGAGGGCGGCUGCCCUCAGAGCCAUGUCGCAGAGGCUGCACAGAAGGUCCUACCGUGUCGCUGGUCAAAAUUCUUUAUGGCACCUGGAUGGAAACCACAAACUGAUAAGGUGGAGGAUAGUCAUCCACGGUGGCAUUGAUGGCUACAGUCGCCUUGUUGUGUUUCUCCGUGCUUCCAGCAACAAUCGCAGCAGUACUGUAAUGGACUGCUUCAUGAAUGCAGUGACCAGAUAUGGUGUUCCGUCCAGGGUCAGAACAGACCACGGAGGAGAAAACAACGCUGUCUGUUUAUUCAUGAACAUUUUCAGAGGAUCUGGUAGAGGCAGUGCUUUGAGGGGAAGGAGCACACACAAUCAGAGGAUUGAGAGACUGUGGAGUGACCUGUGGCGUGGUUUGACCAAUGUCUACUACCAUCUGUUCAAUUUCCUUGAGAGUGAGGGGAUUGUGGACAUUGACAAUGAAAUGCAUGUCUGGGCUCUGCAUUAUGUGUAUCUACCUAGAAUCAAUAGAGACAUGGCAGACUUCUGCAACCAGUGGAACCACCAUGGUUUAAGGACUGAGAGGCACCAGUCCCCUCUGCAGAUCUUCGUUAGGACUUGCCUUGCACAACAAAUGCUACCGACCACUGCAAUGCAGGACCUCUUUUCUGCCACACUCCCCGGAAGUGAAGGGGCAGACAGCACUGUACCCAGAGGUAUGGGUGGGGCAGCUCAGGACGGGGCGGCUCAGGACUGGGCGGCUCAGGACGGGGAGGCUCAGGACGGGGAGGCUCAGGACGGGGUGGCAGGGACACCUGUUGUUCACUGGCCAGAGAGAGUGACCAUACCUCCAAACCGGUUUACUUUGGGAAAUGCUCUCAUGCAAGUACUUGCCGCACAAAUCAAUCCCCUCGGAGGCCUCAGAACAGCCCUUGGAAUGGACAUCCUGCAAGAGGUCAUUUCUUUCCUGGAGUCCUCAAAUGACCAAUAA